AACCGCCAGGAGGGACGCGGAGGCCAGCGAGGCCGGAAGCAGAGCGGCGCGCGUGUCUCGAGAGCGCCUCGCGGAUUUCCGGUUGGGCCCAACUUCCGGCCGCCCAAGAUGAGCACCAUGUUCGCCGACACCGUCCUUAUCGUCUUCAUCUCGGUGUGCACGGCGCUGCUGGCCGAGGGGAUAACAUGGGUGCUAGUUUAUAGAACAGACAAGUACAAGCGGCUGAAAGCAGAAGUGGAGAAGCAGAGUAAAAAAUUGGAAAAGAAAAAGGAAACAAUUACAGAAUCAGCUGGCCGACAGCAGAAAAAGAAAAUAGAGAGGCAGGAGGAGAAGCUGAAGAACAACAACAGGGAUCUGUCAAUGGUUCGCAUGAAGUCCAUGUUUGCAAUUGGUUUUUGUUUCACUGCUCUGAUGGGAAUGUUCAAUUCCAUAUUUGAUGGCCGAGUGGUAGCCAAGCUCCCCUUUGUGCCACUUUCCUACAUCCAGGGUUUGUCCCAUCGCAAUCUUCUGGGUGAGGAUUAUACAGAUUGUUCCUUCAUCUUCCUCUACAUUCUCUGCACUAUGUCUAUUCGGCAGAAUAUUCAGAAGCUGUUGGGUUUGGCUCCUUCUCGAGCUGCCACCAAGCAAGCUGGAGGAUUCCUUGGCCCCCCACCUCAAUCUGGGAAGUUCUCCUGAAAUAAGAGAAGUAAUUUAUUGCAUCUCACUAGUCAAAACAUCCUGACUUUGCAAGAAACUCUCGAUUGCACAGAAGGCUUCCUGAACAUGUUGCAUAUGUAACUAUCAUAUCUUUGUUUUGCAAAGAGAACAGCACUGAAGCACAUCUUUGGGCUAGAUCUUGCACUUACUACUCUGGGGAAUUGGAGAAAUAUAUUAGUGGAAUUAAAAGGAGUGCUGUGCGGCUUCAGUGAAAACUUCAGCAAAGUUUGAUGAGAAAAGAGUGACUUAGAAGUAAACAACAGUAGUAUUCUUUGUUAGAAGAAUCUCGUGUAAUAACUUUUACCAAAGUGAAAAUAAAAGAAAAAUUGUAUUGUC